AUGGCCGACAAGGAGCAAAAAGCUGAUGAAAUUGAAAUUAAGGCGAAAAAGCCGACUGAUUUCCACGGAUUUGCCCUUUACACUUUUAAAGCACGAAGGUAUGCUCCCAUUGAUGUUAAUGAGUGUUUAUUCAGUAUGUAACUAUUUCGGUAUUUUAGGCCCAACAGUGCUGAUGUCGCCAGAAACGGCGGCGACAGCGGAGAUGGUGGUGUAAGCAGUAAAGCUGUAGAGGGGAAUGUGGCGGAUUUCCUUCGAAAAGAGGCGACGUCUAAUUGCGACUUUAGGUAAGGUAUUUGUGUUUUUUACUUCUACGACUGUUCCCAGUCCGUGUCGUGUGUAUAAGACUUAUCUUAUUUUGUUUAUUUGUACAUCGCAUGAAAAUAUAUACAUGACAUUACAUUAAAUAAGCUUAAAAGAGUACAACGAAACCAUGAUAUAAAGAAGGGCCAGGGGACUGUUAAAUUUGUUCGCUAUUAGGAGGUUUCGUUAUUUCAAGGUUCUUUGCUAUAUAUUUUACAAUUACUGUGUUAAAAGAAACUUGUUCUUUAUACCGUGGCCUUCGUUAAUAGGUUCGUUAUGCAUCAGUCAAUUCCAGCUGCGCCCAGCCCCCGCCCCUGGGCUGCCCCCAGGCAUUAGCAUUUUUUUUGCCUUGGAUGGCAAAUUCCCGGGGGUGGGGACGAAAAAAGAAGGCGAAUGCCCCAUCCUUCGUCAACACUGCAACAUUUUUCAUUGACACACAGUCGAAUAGUGCUGUUUUAAGCAUUUUUAAUGUGUGAUUUUUUGCUUCAAUAACGUAUUCCUUUGUUUUAGUGCUAGGAUUCUAAUUAAGACUUCCCGCCGCGAUGACAUGCACCAGUUUAUAAUUUUAGUAUUGAUGUAAAAUUAUUGACAUUAAAAUUAAUAGAGUGCUGUAAAGUUAUAUGUUAUGAAUAGUUUUAUAAAUAUGAAAGGACAUUUUUCAAAUAAUAUCAGCAGAAAUUUGACUCAAUAACCAAAAAAUGUUGAUUCACGUUGAUAGCUCCUGAUUUCUCUAUGUAAUUCUGGCUGGAUAAGCAAUUAAGAAAUGCAUGUAUAAAAUCAAGAACAUGCCUUUACAACCUCUUCAAUUUUUUCCUGUCCAUGACAAAUGAGCCAAUCUACUUUCCUUCUCAGUAAAAUCAUCUAUGUAGUUAUAUUCUGAUAGGAAACCGCGUGCAUGACAAAAGCUUGGGAAUGGCCCCGGGGCUGGCAACUGCCCAGCCCCUGGGCAACACAAAGAAAGCCCUUACAUUUUCCAAUUAAUUCAACCCGCUCAUAUGGACACCCCAUUAAUAGGGAAAUGUUUUAUGGCUCCCAGUGUAACAGGAUUUGACUGCUCUUCUGACCAGCCACUUAUUAAAACAUUUUGUUCUAUUCCAUCAGGCGGUGUGUCAUUAACAGGCGAGAACCGGUUACUAUAAAAGUGAUUCCCAGCUACUUUCAUAGGAAUGUAGAAUGAAAAUAGAACCAAAAGAAAUCCCUAGCUGUUUGAUCCCCAGCCUACUUGUUGUUACUCUUUUGCCAACUUGAAAUCUUAGUGAAAGUGGAGUGAGUGUCUAGAGUGAAAGGCCUAUGGGCGAUUUUGUGCAUCAACAACUGUCCUAGACUGCGAGCAGUCUCUCUUUUGCUCAAAAAUCUGUAAGCAAGAGUAUUUGAGCAGCAAAGUUGUGUGAGUUGUGAGGGCGCAAGUUGGAAAGGUGCUAGUAAAACAUCUACAACUGCCCAAUCUUUUUUAUAUCCCAAAUGAUAUUAUGGUAUGGCUUCUAACUGGUCAAUAUUUCCUUGUUGUUUUGGUUUUUUUUUCACAGUUUGUCUCUUUUGAGCACAAAUUUAUCUGGAGAACAAGAAACAGAGCUAAGGAAAUUCAUGGCCAAGCGACUUGCUAGGGGAACUGUGUAUAGUGGUAGUGGCAACAUCAGCACACUGGAGGAUUUUUUCCCUGACGAGUCUGCUGUUUGUUAUUAUUGUUUCCUCAGAGGAGGAAAAGAGGAUGAUGAAGGAUGCAGUGAUCAUCAUGACGCGUAGGUUUACAAAUCGGGAAAAUAUAGUGCAAAAAGUUCCUUCUCUUGAGUCACUGUAAAGUGCUUACUUUUUGCUAGUUUUUUGCACUAUUGCAAUGCCUUUCUGAUCAAGUGGUGGACUCUGUCACUUGGCAUAAAAUAAUGAAAAUCCUAUACCAGGUGCUCAAAAAAAUAUUGUCUGGUUGUCCAAGACAAGCAGUUUUUCCUGCUUUGCAAUUAACUUUUCAUACUUGUUCCACUGAUUGGCAAGGGCCCAGGCAAGUGGUCUUUUAACUAAAUAAUACAAAGAGAAAAAGCAUGCACCCCAACUGUAUACCCCAGCUGUCAACUGAGGCUUGUGAUCUUAAACCUCCAGCUCUGUACCUGGAAAAUCUUUUUGUGAGGUGAAUGUCAGGUGACAAAUUCCAUCUUAAAAGAAUAAUCAAGAGCAAAAUCCUGAAGCAAGGGAGUGGAGGAAAAGAAAGACUUUAUUUUUGCCCUUUCCCUUCCCCUACGACAGCUUUCUUUGGCUGUUUUCCUAACAUUAGCCUUCAGAGCAGGCGCCGGUUACUAUGUACAGGCUGCGCGAGGGAAACACUUUCCUCAAUCAAUCAAUCAAUCAAUCAACUUUAUUUAAACACGUUAAAUGGCUCAGCAAGCUGGUUUUCAGACAUGCCGUGUGAUAAUUACAAUUUAUAAAAAUUAAGACUAGUGUAACUAACAAUACAAUAUAACAGCAACUCCUCUCCUCUUCUCAAGAUUUCUUCCUUCACCCUAAAAAAACCAGCACCUGCUACACAGGCUACUAACAUUUGAACUUUUCUCACAUGAAAAUAUUUGCUUUGCAAGCUAAUGUGCACUCUACCUCUUCAAAUCAACCCUUUUACCUUAAGGGGGCCAGAGAUCCCCCUGUGUCUAUGGGUUUGUCCCCAGCUUCUCUUGUAGGAAACAAAAUGUAGUUAGAUGAAAUUUAACACAGUUAACAACUAGGAGCGCAGGCGUUAGUCAGCGGUCAGUGCGGUGGCUCAAGCGCAGUCAUCCUUGCUUGCAUCAGCAACAUGUGCUAAGUACAGCGUUUCCUUGCGGCCACUCUCUUCAUUUAGCCUUUAGAUCAUCCUUUACCCCAUCCCCCCCUUUUACUUUUUUCCAUUGAUAAAUCAGUGUGACAGGUCCCUGGUUCCGUUGGCGCAUGGACUCAUGGCUGGAAGGUGUGUGUUUACCAGCCAUUGGGGCAUAACUCUGUCUAGUAAAUUUUAUUCUAAAAUUUAAAGUAAAGUCUUGGUUUUCUGCAUUUCACAGGGAUUCUCCUGAAUUUGGAAGUUUCCUCUCAAGUGACUAUGUGGUUUGUCUUGUCUCUGGUGGGAAAAGUGGAUUAGACCUGUAUCCUUUAAAAUAAAUUGGUGUAUUUCAGUCUUUAGAUGCACUUUGAUAGAUGACAGACAAUUUGUGACAAAGAGUCUUGUCUACAGAGGCAGUGCAAGUUUGGUAAUAAUAACUCUCAAAUAUCAUAGACUGUCUGUCUUGAGAGACAUUAACUGCUAGGCCACUAUCUUUCUCCACUGACAUUAUUAUCAUUAUUGUUAAAAUUCUAAGGUACAAAUCACAAAAAAUUUGUCUGUGUAUUUUUUCAGUGGAUUUAGAUUUGGCCAUUAAGGUGCAAAUUGCAAUGAACUGUCCAUAGAUUUUCUUACUGAAGUUAUAAUGAAAAGCUGCCAAUGAUGUAGUACUGCUUAGUAUUUACUCACAGCACUUCACUUACAUGUAUGUAAUAUUUUGUAGCCUCCAACAGGGUUGAACCUGGUGUUAGGGACUGGUGGCCGCACCUUACUUCAGACGCUGGCUAUUUGUCUCAUAAAAGACGUAGAUGUUAGACCUUAACCAUAAUAUCUUAGAUUUCAGAAGGAACUGGAUGAUUACAGCAAUGGACUUUUACCUUACAUUGAAAACUACAUUAGCUCUGUAAGUUGGGACAAUGAUAUAGGAGUCUUAUUGAAGCAUGUGUCAUGGAAUGUAAGAUCCUUGAAAACAGUCGACUCUCUCUUAAUGAACACCUCUAUAAGACAGACAGCUCUGUAAAAUAGACACUUAGAGUUGGUCCCUGCCUUUCUUUACUCCCUUUAUUUGACUCUCUAUAAGACAAACACCUCUCUUAGACGGACACUUAGUGCCGGUCCCAAAGGUGUCUGUCUUGGAGAGAGUUGACUGUAUCAAUGUUCUUUAUUGGUUUUAUAAUGAAACCUCUGAUGGAACAAUAUGUAGGCACAUUUUUGAACAAAAAUUUGUGUCCAAUUACAACUCCACAAAAUUGUUUGACUUCGCAAGAGCUUCUUCUCACUUGUAAUGUGUCUUCGUCCUUGAAGGAAUCUCAAGAUGUUCAAGAAAGCUUCAAGCAUCUGGAAUCAUGGUAUGAUGAUAAUGUGAGUAUGGAAGAUUGCUUAAGUGACGGACCUUUUUGGAAUUUUACAGGGUUAAGCUUCAGGAUACUGACUAGAAAUGCCAGUACAGUUUUGCUGUUGAGUAGCUAAUCAAUUUUUUCUUUACAAUGUCAUGUAUAAUCAAGAGAACAGGUUACAAAAAUUAAUAUUAUAAUAAUAACUGACGGGAAAAUGCUUUCAUCUUUUCUCAAAUUCUCCAAACUAAUAAUUCUUGAAGGAAAUGUAUGGAUAUAAUAUCAGUCUGGAAAAUUUUUAUGUACCAGUAGCUUCUGUAUGCUACCUCUAUAAGACACAACGGCAGUGGGGCUUAUGAGAAUCCAUACUGUCAAUGUGUAGUGUUAGAAUAAUGCUAUGUGACUGUUCAUCGGGUGGCUUGUCAGACUUCAGCUUCAUCACUAAAAUUCCUUUGCAGAUUAGAUUUGUAUGCAGAUGUACACAUCUGUUAAAAGAGGAUCUGGCCUCUCUUGUACAGCUGGUAAGUCGUUGUGCAGCAAGUAAUUACGACAUAGCACUCCUGGUUAACUGUCGAUCACAGCCCACUCACAAGCUCUUGGCAAGGCAUGGAGAACAGGAGAAAAAAGGACCAGACCAAUGCUAACAAAGGAAUUGCCUUAACCUGAAAACAGUUAAACCUUUGUGUGGCUGUGGUGACCACGUGAAAUGGAAGUCCUGGUGUCAAUUUAAUAAAACUUUUACACUUGUAAUCUACAAGGGUAGCUAUUGUUUUCAGACUCUUAAAAAAUGGCUACAAUAAAUAUUGUACAUUCCAAUUGUAAAAGUUUUAUUAAAUUGACCCCUGUCUCCAGUAGAGACGUAAAAAUAGUCUUUUUAUUUAAUACUUUCAUGUUAAAAAUAUAGAGCGUUUUUAGGUUAUCAAAUUGCAUGUUCAUUUAUGUAAGAGAAUGAAUUUAUUGUAUUUAUUUGUACUGUUAUUUGAACUGCAAAUUUUUUCUGAUGGAAUGAGAUUUACUUAGCAGUCCCACAACAUUAAAAGUUUAAAGGAGACUAGCCUGGGUCAUGAUUUAACUGCAGUCAGUAACCAGAGUUCUGUCUGUGGCGCAGGCUAAAAGGAGCCCUGAAGUAAAACAUUUACACAUCAUGGGAUCUUACUUGUUAAUGAUGAACAAUAUAUAUCUUUGGUUUUAAUUCAAAUUUAAAUUUGUUUUAUUUCACAUUCAGGGUCUUUUAGGUGGCAAGUUACAAGUAGAAAGUGAUGAUAACAGACUGAAAAAUGACCUAAAAAUGUGAGUAAUGAGAGAAAAUAUUUUUUCAUAAAGUUGACUACAUUGGAGGCUAUCCUAAUGGACACUCUGAUAAGCGGACAGCUCUAGACUGCGAGCAGUCUCUCUUUUUCUUCAGAUUUAUGAGCCACCUUCACAAAACCCCCUCUCCUUUCUCAACUCAUCAGUCACAAACUCUGUAUUUUUACAUUCCGUACUACAGAAAAAAGCCAGCUCUCAUAGUCUAGGACACUCUACACCCACCUUCACAAAACCCUGUUUCCCAAGGUUGUCCACAGCUCAUGAUAUGCCCCCUCACUCCCAUUUCCUAUGAUGGGCCACUGUAUUUCCUAUGAUGGGCACCUCCCUAAAAGAGAAAAAUGCUGUUCUUUAUUAAGUGCAUUGCUGGUCCCAAUGAAGUCCCAACUUUUAGAGAGAGGUGACUUCAAUCCUUAAAUUUUUUCCAACGUGGCAUCCCAAAUGUUUCCUUUGGUAAGACACGAUGCAUUUUCAUGUGAGAAUUCCACAAAAUGCUGAAGAGAGCAUGACAGUUAACAUGGUAAUGAGCAAAGAAACCAAAUUUAUCUUAGCUAAAGAACUUUCCAUUCAAAUUUGCGUGAUUCUGGCAUGUAACAUUAUUCGUUGUCAUUAAGAGGGGUACAAGGAGUGCAUCCUUAGCCUGCCAUCAUUUCCUCCAUUUUGUCCCUGUGUCUCUCAGGUUAUGCGGGCCCAUAAGGACGGUUUUAUUAGGCUCUCACCCCUCUCUUCUCCAAAGAGGUCUUUUUGUGUCAUAGGAAGGCUGGAGAAAGGAAAAAAGAAAGCACAUGUGUCCAUCUUGGAUACAUAAUAAUGGUAGAGGUUCCUGCCUUUUCUCUCUCCCCAUUGUCCACCAUAGGUAAUUAUUUCUGUUUUAUUGGAAUACCCAGCGGGAUCCUCUGAGGUGGCAAGAUAAGUUGAGUUCUGUGUUCUGAUUGGCUACAUGUACCUCGUCCUGAGCCGCCAAGAUUUGACCAUAAAGAUUACAUUAGAGUAUCAUUGGUCAAUAAUUAUUUGGUAUUUUAUUUCUUUAGAAGCUUGCUAUGUGACAUUUUUUUAUUUGUUUUUUUUCUGGUAGUAUAAUAUGGUAUUCCUUUCUGCUGGAUUAUAGGUUUGUUAACGCCUGUAGUACUGCCACAUUUAAUGCAUUGGGAAUAGCCCAGGACACUUCCAAACUUAAGGUAAUUUAACCCCGUGGGGGGGGGGACUCUGCAAAUGAAAGGGAUGGGGAUGCUCGUCUGAAAUUUUGAAUUAAACCUCUAAAGGAGACCAAUCUGGGCAUGGCCCAAGCUUUUUUUGACCCCUAAAAGAGACCAUGUUAAAACACAGACAAUAUAUAUUUUUUUAUGUUUUUUCACUUGCAACCCUAAACGAGACCUUCACAGAUAAAUAUGAUGGCGUUUUGCCCAGAACACCCUAAGUGAGACCAAAAUCCAAAAUUUACACCCUUAAGCGAGACGACAAGCAUCCCCACCCCUUUCAUAUGUGGAGUUCCCCCCCCCCCCCCCCCAAGGAAUUUAACUUUACUGGAAAUGCUCGAAUUAGCGCCCAGGGUGCAUUAUUUCUUUUUUUUUCAAUUAAGGUGGUGAUUGAUUGAAGAGGACACUUAUUUCAUUCUUCAACAUUUCAGCCUUUAUGAUGGCAUAUUCAUUUCUUUCAAGUGAACGAAAACAGGAACACUAGAAUGUAUCUAUUAGUAGCCUGGGAAAACAGCCGGCUUGUCGUGUUUGAAAUCAGUGAUGUCUGAGGAACAAGCACAGAAAUUCCAUACUGAUAAUGUGUUACAACCCAGAUCUGAGUAGUCCUUCUGAUUGGUCGUGGCACAGGGGGAAUUUUCUUCAACUAAUCAGAAAAACUAUCCAUUUCAUAACAGCAAAAUAACAUCAUUACAGUGAUGAUUUGUCAGCAGUAGACAGUCUAUCUGCCAAACCCGCACCUACCACGGACAAUAAUGCGUUCCUGGCUGUGUCCGACCACAUUUUCUGUUUUGAUAGCCCAAAACGGUGACUCGACGUUUCCUAUGUUUAUAUAAAAAUGCGAAAGCUCACAAUCUUUAUCACUGCUGUUUGUGUUUUAUUUCUGAUUAAACAUCAAUGGCCCAAGAGCUGAAGUCUUUAUGAGAAAUAAAUGUAAAUGUUGGCUUAGGGGAGGAGUAGGUAGGCAAUAUCCCAGAAAACUAAAUUGCCAUAGCUUUUCCCUGUGAUGCAAAUUAAUUAUACCGUUUUUUUUUUUCUUUAGGAAACAGAAAGCUUAGCAUGCAAAUGUGCUGCAGCAAUACCCACAGAACUUGUCUUAAAAACAAAUGGUGUAGAAUACAGCCUCGAUAACAAAGGUACUUUGUUCAUUUAUACGAGAAGGGGGGGGGGGUAUCACCCACACCCUGAUGUAAAGAAGGCCAGUAACACAAUUCCUUGAAGUCGUUUAAACUUGGGAAAGAUUCGAGAUAAUUGGGCAAUAUCACCGGUCCAGUCCCCGGAGACUAAAAAGUUUUUUUUAGUCCCGUUCUCAAGUUUUUCACUGACUAAGCAUGGCGGUUUUUGGGCGUCUAAACACAAAGAAACUCAAGUUUUUCGCCACUCGUUCUAGCGCGCUUCUCGCGCGAAUUUCAGGGCUUCGCCGCUCGUGCGCCCGGCUCGACAAAACCGCCAUGCUACGCAGGCUAAGGCAGGGGAAGCAAAAUGUUUGUUCAGUUUCCAUGCAAGGUGUAGCUACCAGGCUUGAUUUCCGCCGCUCCCUUGGGUCUGCCCAGACAACAGAGUAAACUACAGGUCCUAGACAAAAGCUUAACUUUAAACAGUCCUUGAAAGUGUUUGUGAGCUUCUUUUUAAUCUCUUCUAGUAACAACCCGUUUUUGUCGUGAAUGGGCAAAAACUCUGCUGACUGAUACAGAAGAUAACCCCGUGUUUCUUAGACAAGUUAUUGAGAACUACAAAUUGAGGGUAAGCAGAUAAGUGUCUUAAAACCAACCCAAUUCUCCUAACCGAUUGCAACAUAAGUGGACAAUCAAGUAAGCCUGUCAAGUCUCAAAGCGAAUACAAGAAAGUCGCGAUUGUUGUCACUUUUGAUUGGUCUUGAUGGUGACACGAGAAAUUUGUCGCGAGAGUUUUCGAAAACAAAACCAAUUUUUCUGGCCAAUCACCACACGCGUAGAGAGCAUCACAAGUUAGCCGAACGAAAAAGCGCGGGAAAAUGUUUCUAAUCACGGUACAGCUAGACAAUUAAAUGAACCAAUGAGAUGUUAACUUAAGUAUUUGUCGCGGGCGCCAAGCGUGGGAAGGUUUGAUUUUUGUGACGCAAGAUUUUAAUAUGUUUUCCAAGAGUGUUGGCGAUCUUAGAGUCUGGGACCAAAUCUAUUGAGACACCAUGGUCCUACUUGAUGAUGUCCCUUGCAUUUUCGCGUCAUUUUCUCACAGAUUAGUAGCCUGAAUUUCAUCCGAUUUCUUGGAGUCGUUAUUACUCCCUCAGUAACGUCUGAAUCGACCGGCCGUUAAUGCCAUCCAGUGACGUCACUACUCCUUGAAUGUUACACGUGAAUUACGAUCGAAAAAAAAUAAAGCAAUUCUGUGUCAUGCAGACAUUUCCAAACGAUAUUUCUCGGUUUGCCACUUGAAAAUCGUGUUUUACUUUUUGCAUGAAUUAAAGCAAUGGUCAAGGAGUAGUGACGCCACUGGACGGCAUUAACGGCCAGUCGAUUCGGACGUUUAACAGGCUGUUAAAGACUCGAAGUAAUCGGAUGAAAUUCAGGCUAACAGAUUAGCAUAAUGAAUUAUGUUUACACAGGUGAAAGCGCUCGUAAAAUUUCCGGCGCGAAAGACUUCAAAGUGGCAAUUUUCAAGUGGUUCCCAUAUCUAAUUUUGCGGCGUCAUUGUUUAGUUGCUACGCUAUUUAGUUCUUUUCAGAGGAAUGCUCGUAAUAAAUUAUACACUGGUGAACCAGGGAUCGUGAACAUAUUCUUUCCUUUCUCUCGUAAGAACCUUCCACAUGUUUUUGUUGUUGUUACUACUUUUCAUGCCUUCUUGCUCACCAUCUCAAAAAUUCAGUGUUAAUUUUCAUUUUUCCCUUCUUUUGUUGGUACUAUUCAUUUUUGUGAUAGGUGGUACUUCAGUUCAAUGCACUUGACAGUUAUAAUAUAAACAAACGCCAACUAAAGCUUUUGAUUUCGGUGAAAAAAAAAUUAAAAGCGCUUUUUACAGUUCAACUGUAUAAUGGGCUUUUUAUUCUUGAUGUUGGGCAAAUAUAUCAACAUGUAUAAGUCAAAAUAUAUCUCCUAGUUUUCUUGAAAGCAUUUAAUCAUUUUAUUAGAAAGUUCACAUGUCAUGUGUGCACACAGAUUUAGCUCCAAAGACAGACUUAGGCUAUUUAUUGACAGAUGAAUCCCUUAAAUCUGUUUAUUUCAAAAAGACAAAGAAGGGAUUUACGCGCAUCUGUUAUGAUAGUUACCGAGACGGUAAGCUAACGUCUAGACAUAUAAACUAGUAAACUUUGCCAGCUCAUAGGCACAACAGACAACCCGCUUUGUAAAUUAACAAAAUUUUGAGUUUCUUUGUAUGCUGACACGCUAAGAGGCCAUCAAAACAAGCUUAACAACUCUACGUGGGAAAAAACGGAACAUUAAACUUUCCAUUCAUUUUCUUCCUUCAGUGAAAGUCAAAACUCUCAGAAACGAGUGCUCUCUUUAAUAGGGAAUGUUCACACUAAACCUGAUACUGUUUUGCACCGGCACGAGAACCAUACCGUCUAAGGCUUCUGUUCACAUAUAAGAGGGAGCUUUAACAUCGACAACGGCAAAGGCAGCGAAAACGUCAGUUUUAAAAUGAAUUCCCGUUUUUUCAAUCUUUGUCGCGUUUAUUCCAAUUUGCUGAAAAUGGCAAGUGUAGGCGAAUUUCCCUGGAGUUGAUUUCUUGAGGACCGCACUCAAGUUUAGAGAGAGAAAAAGAGAUUCGUCGUCGCUUGUUUACGUCCUCAAAAAAACUCGCAAUUAGGCAUUUUCACGUCGUAGUUGUGCAAGGACGGUAAAGAAAUGUACAAAAAAGCGUGAUGCACGUGCAACGUUGUUGUUUUGCGUAAUAAACCUAUUGCUUUUUUGACGUCCUGGUUGCCGUCGCCGUCGUCGUUGCUAAAGCUCCCUAAGAACGGUGAUUUCGGCGCGAUUUCUGUAACGGGACGCGAAGAUCUCUAAAGUGGAGGAGUUUCAUAUCGUUCAUACUAUACCUGAUAGUUUUUCGUGUCGGAACGAAAAGCGGCCUAAAACGGCCCACUGAGUUCUGUUUAUGGCUGCCUUAACAAAAACCCCAUAGAACUAACUCCUAAAAACUCUGUAGUUUGAGAUGACUAAAAAGGGUACGUAGUGGAAACUCACGGGUACAAUUUGGUAAAGACCUUGUCACGGUUUUCGACGCCAUCUUGACGAGUCGGCAAACGUGUGAGAAAUUACAGUGUUUGUAUGAGAGUCUAAUGUCAAAUAAUUUUUAAUGGAUUUUCCAUAUAUUUGUCUGUAAAUUUUCCCGGGACUUUCUUAUAGACAAAUGUAUAGAAAAUUUCAAAACGUGGUUUUAGGUCUUCUAGUAAUUUCUCACGCGUUUGCCUACUCGUCAAGAUGGCGUCGAAAACCGUGAACAAGGUCUAUUCUCCAUAAGUGAAUACUGCUUCAGAAAAAUCGGUUUGUUUACUCCCUUUUAUCUAGUGUAAUAUGUGAUACCAUAUUGUAAUUAAAAUUAAAUAUAGUUUCGUGCAAUGUAAGCGGCCGCUGUAACCUCCGUUUUGAUGCUACUAGGCGCUUGCGAUGAUCAUCAGCUUCAGAAAUAGAACCUUUUUCUGCUUCUUGGGGAUGUCCGCUUGCGGCAGCUUUGACUGUUUGUGGCUCGACGGGUUUGUUUCUUCUCUGGUAGCCUGCGACCAGGCUCACUUCUGUGAGUUCGGCGAAAAGUUUGGCGGCGGAGCCAGCAGUGCGCAAGGAAAAGACUUUUCCUCGUGAUAUUUUCACUUUUUCUCGCGCGCACCGCCGAAAUUUUCCUCAAACUAUCACAAAUGACACGAUUGAGCCUGCUCACAGGCGGUCCUCGCAGGCUGUUCCUCUACCUGCAGUACCGGCUCAGAAAACAAAUGAAGCACAUUUCUGUUUAAAAUACUCUAGCAGCGGCUUGAUUUUAUUUUUGUAAUAUUUUUGAUGAACACGUCAUCUCUUCUUUCGUUGUAUCAGGUCUCUCUUUGUCUUCGCAGGUAAAUCACGACAUGAAUACAUUAAAGAGACUUUUGAGACAAGCGGAGACGGAUCAUUACGCAUUAUACAGGUAAUAGAAAUCAUUUCGCGUCCCAGUUUAGUGGACACAGCAUUCUGUUGGGUUCAAAAUUUCCACUCCUUUAGCUCAAAAACGAGUUGCCAAAUCGCACGGCCAGCACACGAGUACGACAGUUUUGCACUAACAAGAGCUUUUUGGAUCCAGCUUUUUUUAUAAAAGCGAACGAAAUUCGCUCACAUGACAUGACAUGGCACUGGCUUUCGGAGAACGAUUCGUGCGGUUUAUUCGCUUCAUGACACACCUAAUUCCGUACAAGAAGUUUUUUGAAAGUUUCAUUUAUUAAAACUUAGUUCGGCUUUUGUCGCUAUAGAAAUCAUUGAGUUCUCUCCAAGGUGCCUGUUACUUUUUAGCCUUUUUCACUGGUGUCCCAUGAAUGGAAAGGAAAAAAACUGAACAAAGCCGUUUUCUAAUAUAAAACCAAUAUCACAAGUGUCUUUGGCAAAGACACGUUUUACCUCAGGGUAACCUUACCGACUCGUUGCCUCGGUAACAUUGGCAUUCAGCAGAUUUGAGUGUGAAUUUCUCAUGAUCCAGUGUUUUUUUCUUUCAUCCGUGUUUGCUCAGCUAUUUUUACAGUUGUUUCUCAAGGAAAACUAAAGAAAAUGGGUUAAUUGAUAUGCUGUCUAAAUAGCUGUUUCCGGACUGUGAUGUUUUUUGACGCGUAGGAGCAGCAAUAUUGACCUAAAGUAAGCCAUUGUUGGAUGAUUUGUAUUACUUGUAUUAUUUUUUGAUAUAAGAUAAAAGAGCACUUUCUUGAUCUGUUUACACUUACGCCCUCUCCCUUGUACCUUGAAUGGAUAACUUCCAUUUUUGGAAUCACUGCAACAUCGACGUGCAAUCUUUUCGCUUUUUAUACCAUUCGUCCUUUAUACUUGACGCUGUCGCGGGAAUGAUUUCUCGUUUUGAUACAAACUCAAGAGUUGAAACUGCGCAAAAAUUUCGUACAGUUCAAGUAUAGUUUGUGCGUGAGCAAGAAAACCAUUUUGGAUCAAUAUUGUUCGUACGUGGAACAAUUUACUACUCGAUUGAUUAAACUUGUAUCGAAACGAUAACCCCCUGAUCGAUGCACUCAGUUGCCGCAAAUGUGCUAUUCUAUAACUCGUGGGAACGUGUUUCUGGCUUAAAGAUUACUGAACUGAAUAUUUCUAAGUGCUUCUUUCCUGCUUCAGAUUGUAUCACUUGCAGAGAUUCAAGAGACGCUCGCUCUUUUCUCAUUCUCUCGUUCAGUCAAUUGCCUUGCGGCGCUUGUUUUUGUAAACUGCAGGAUUACAGGGCCACUUAUCUACGUCUCAUUGAAUCCAAUAAUGCCCUUCGUGUUAUGGAUCGUUCAAAAAGCUUUCCGACAAGGUGUGGAUCAAAGUGGCCAUGCAUUCUGUUAUCCGGGGGGGGUACUCCUGGGGUGGGGGUGUAUCCAAAUGCUGACCCUAUUUCAGACCAAAAAAUGUCAUUUUUCACACCCGUUUUCAGACCUGGCCUGUAAGAAGUUAUGUCGUCAUUAUUUAGAUUGGAACACCAACAAAAACCAUUUCUUAAUUUACACAUUUCUCUUUUUUUCUUACUCAUUCGGAAUCGAAAGGAUAAAUACGUUCAUACACUGCCGUAGUUACCUCGAAAACCAGAACUGAUUCCAGUCCAAAAUAUAAUGGGCAAAGUCUAUACCCCUCUUCAAACUAAAACAGCGCAAAAACCCUACCCUUCGUGGGGGCACAUUCCUGUAUGGCUUAUAUGAGGGAGUACCCCGUUUCCUUGUAGUAAGCAUAUCAAGUCCCAGGAGUGACCAAUAUUAAUUUUUUCCUAACAGCAUCAGCAGUUCAUCAAGAGUAAAGGUUAUGAGAAUGACUGAAAACAGAAAAACCUUGAUUACCAAAGAGAGAACACUUUGAUCUUAAGCCAAAUUCUCUCAACAAUUCUUAAAAGAAAUGUGUGGAGAUCAGUGUGGGGAACUUGUAUGUAGGUUUAACGGUUCAAAGAAAAGGGGGCGUUUAUACAGUGUAAUUGCCGACGGGAUGUCGAACGUAGGAGGGUGUAAGUGUGGGAAGCGAGAUCCUCAUGAUACAGGAAACUUUGUAAACUUUCAUACAGACCAUUUCUGGCUUGUAGCACACUCCUCCCUAGUCUCCCUCGCAGCCGUAAUUAGGGUCGUCACGAAACGCUCAUCUUCGCUAGCCUUUUGUGGGGAGGAACAUUGUGUGACGACCCUAAUAGGCUUACUUUUCCCCAAUGUUGCAGAGUACAGCGUGCGUGAUGAACCCGGCAAAAGAACGUCUGCGUUGGUGGCUAGAGGCGUGGUGCGUGGGGUAGCCUGGGAUUCAGUCCCAGGUUUCUGAAAAGCGCGAUUUCUAUGGAGCUUUUAACAUUAGGACUCUUUGGAUUGUAUGUUGUAGGUCGAGUGAUAGAGUGAUACGCACGUGAAGGAAACGCAGGUCGUUGAGUUAUCCAUAUCACAUAAAUUGUACCGGAAAAAUAACAAAACAUACAAGCUUACAAGCUGGCUUACAUAUUAUUCUCCACCACAAAAACUUUCUUUAGAAAAUAAUAGCCUUAAAGAGGUUUGCAGAACCCAUGUCUCCCUUCUCCCUCCCCCUCGCGGCUUACUUUGGUACGCAACAGGACGGCAGGAUGAAGAGGACGGCAAAACGCUUGUGUGUGACAAACGUGACACGACGAGUUUUGUCGUGAUCUUCACUCAACAUUUAUGUUUUCUGGUCUUUACAAAAAGAUACGUUCAAAUGAAAGUGAAGUUUGGCGAAAAGUUAUUUCAAACAAAAUGAUUGUCACGCUUGGCACACGAGGUUUGCCUUCUUCGUUACUCUACCGUCUUGUUGCGUAAGUUAACUAAUACCAAAAGAGAUCCCUCUCUUGGUAAUAUCUUACUCCGCGAGUUUCACCGUUGUGUUUCGUUCAGUAUUGCCACUCUUUCUUUAACUUUUAUUUUGUUUCAAUCUUUGUCCUCUUUGAACUGACUCUGACCGUCUAAUUUAUGACAUUCGUGUUUUCUUUGUGUUUGUUUUCAGGUCGUAUGUAUUUCUCUUGAAGUGUGGCAACGGACCCAUUUUACUACGUAACGCCACUUUAGAAGCUCGCGCCCUUUGCUCUGAAGAUGCGUUAAAUAUCAUCCAAGUACUGGAAGAGUUCAUUGAGGAAAACAAUCAAUUUGGAAUCGAAGCUUUAUCUGAGCGAAUAAGAACUGACGAAAAGUGAUAAAUAAUCGGGACUUUAGGAUGCCACAAGGGCGACGACAACGAGUUAAAAUAAGCAAUUUUUUGGAAUAGGCAAAGCAACAACUCUGCACGUGCAUCGCGCUUUUUUUGUACACUUUUUUGCCGUCACUGCACCACUACGACGGGAAAAUGCCUAAUUUCACGUUUUAUGGAGGACAUAAACAAGCGAGGGCUAAAUUUUCUUUCUCUUUCUGAACUUGAAUGUGGUUGUCAGGAAUUCAGCUCAAAAACACUUCGCUUGUAUUUGACAAAUUAAAUGAGUUGGAUUAAUCGCGAUAGAGAUUGAAAGAACGCAGAUUCACUUUUUAAGCGACGUUUUCGUAGCCGUCGCGGUCGUACUAUCUUAGACGCCCUAAUGCUGGAAGCUCACGGUUUUUGCAACAGAUCAGGAGUCUAUGACUGGGCAUCUGUUAACGUUUCGUAAAUAUUGAUGCCUGCUUUGUAAGAAUCUGAAACUGCAUGAUCAGUGAACGGCUCAUCGCAAGAGAUGGCAGAGUUGGACAGCAUGUCUUGUGAACAUUGAGUGAUAGGAGAGCCAAUCUGUUUUCAGUAUUCGCAGC